AUAAUAAACUUGGUAGCCAUAUUUACCACAAGAAUGGUGGCCUCUAAACCUGUGAUCAUUAAACUUACCCACCGUGAUUCGAUCCAUUCUCCGUAUUACAAUCCAAAAGAGAGUAUCAUACAGAGAAUGGAGAAUGAAAUCAAAACUUCAGCAGAUCCCUUCCAAGCUCUACCACCAGCAAAUGAUAGUAUCCAAUUUCAAAUUUUUCCUAGUGAUGACAAGUUGUUCUUAGCAAAUUUUUCCAUCGGCCAGCCGCCUAUUGUACAAUUUGCAGUAAUGGACACUGCCAGUGGCCUCCUAUGGAUUCGCUGCUUCCCUUGCAGCGAAUGUUCUCCGCAGAAUGUAUACCCGGUGUAUGACCGUACCAAGUCCUCCACCUAUGCUAACUUAUCGUGCAACUCAGAUUACUGUAAGCUGAGCCGAUACAGGUGGUGCAAUGAAGACAACAGUUGUGGCUACAAGCAGGGUUAUGUUAGUGGUUACUCAAUUGGAAUCCUUGCGACAGAACAAAUGAUGUUCUUAACAUCUGAUGAAGGCAUAGUCUUCGUUCCUAAUGUGGAAGUUGAAAACCAGUUGCAAAUGCUAUCACUUACAAAGUAUGAUGCUGUUCCAGACAGAGGACUUCUGUGCUACGUAGGAAAACUCAGUCAAGAUCUCAUCGGGUUUCCGGUUGUCACAUUCCACUUUGCUGGAGAGGCUCAGCUAUCCUUGGAUAUUAAUAGCUUGUUUUACCAGAGGAGCCGGAAUGUAUUUUGCAUGCUCGUGCGUCCAAGCGAUGUUGGUGGUUGGAGGAUGAGUGAAAUGACAAUAAUAGGUGUAAAUGCUCAACAAAAUUACAAUUUAGCUUAUGAUAUUCCUGGAAAGAUGCUAUAUUUCCAGAGAAUUGAUUGUCAAGUCCUAGAUCCCUAGAUUUCCAUAAGGAAAUAAAAAAACAAUAACACUAGCAUAUAGUAAGAUACUACUAUAACUUGUAUACAUUAUUCAUUGUAGGCUCCAAAUGCUAACAUAUUAUUCUUAAUUUAAACUCACUCUUAUUUUUGUUAUUAAUUCUUAUUGAUUUUAUAAAGGGAUUUAUAUAAUACAAUUUGAAUUGUACA